CUGGUUCACAACAGCACCAGGUCGUCUCUCACAACAGAUUCCAGAACAGAGCCCCCAUUCUGAGUUCUGACCUGAGUCGCAGCUGCAGGCUCGCAGCAUUGCCCCACGCGCACGCGCACCCGAACAUGGCCGCUCCGACCGCCGCUGCCGCCGCCGCCGACACCGCCACCCCGCCUCCUCCACCGUCGGCGGAACCCGCGGCUGCACCCGCACCGGAUCAAAAGGUCUCUCCUCCUCCUCUUCCCCCUCAGCCCGACGCGCCCGCGCCGUCCCCGGCGACAGCGCCUGCAGCACCCCCCGGGCCCUCGCCUGCGGCAACCCCCACUCCUGCACCUGCGACAGCGCCAGCCCCAGCCCCAGCCCCAGCCCCGAAGAAGAGGAAGCUGGAGGAGGUGGGGUUCCACACCUCCGACUACUACAAGAUCCGCGCCGUCAUCGCGGACCUGCGUGUCCGCUUCGUCCAGGUUUACCAGGCUACCGAUUUCCGCAACACUGAUGCUGCUCGUGAGAUUCUGAAAGAAAUAAAGGGAGUUAUGGAACUAUCCAAGAAAAUGAGGCUCAAGCUUGGUGCUACAUCUGAGCCUGUGAAACCAACAGAGAAGCCUGCAGCUGGACUUGUGAAGGAUGAGCCCGUGAAACAAUCAGAGAAGCUUUCAGCUGGACCUGUGACAGAAGAGCCCGUGAAGCCAGCAGAGAAGCCUUCAGCUGGACCUGUGAAGGAUGAGCCUGUAAAACCAUUAGAGAAGCCUUCAGCCGAACCUGUGAAGGAUGUGCCUAUGAAACCCACCGAGCCAGCUCCAGCUCCAGCUGGAGAAAACAAUCAAGUUCCCGGGGUAGGCCAGACUACAAUUUCUCCUAAUAAUGCAGGUGUUGAUUCGGCGGUCAAGAAUGAUAACUCAGAUGUCCAGCAGUGAAGAUUAUAAUGGAAAUCCAACCCAGUGAGAUGGCGGAUGACGAAGAUGCAGAAGGACCAGUUGAUUCCCCUACCAGCUUGAGUUUUCUUGCCUCUUGUGGAGAUAAUUUAGUGUGUAUGUGCUAACCAAAGAAGAGGGGUGAGCACGUCAAGAUGCAAAUUAGAUUGCCGUGUUAACACUCAUUCAUUCUGUAAUUUGUUGUUGAAUUGCCCAUGAAUAAUUUUGUCAUCAAAUAGUAGCUUGUGUAGCUGGAUCAUACAUUACAUCGCGCUGUUGUUAAGUAUUGGCAGUGUCUUGUGGUCU